AUGGAUGUGGUCAAUACAUCUAUUGUGUCUGAAUUUGUUUUGCUGGGGCUCUCUAGUUCCUGGGAACUACAGGUGCUUUUCUUUAUGGCAUUUUCAUUGCUGUACAUGGCGACACUGGUGGGUAACAGCCUCCUAGUCCUCACGGUCAUCGCUGACUCUCACCUGCACUUGCCCAUGUAUUUCCUGCUUACCAACCUUUCCAUCAUUGAUAUGUCGCUUGCUUCCUUUGCCACCCUCAAGAUGAUUAUAGACUACCUAAGCGCCAAAACCAUCUCUUUUGAUGGCUGUAUCACCCAAAUAUUCUUCCUACACCUUUUCACUCGUACUGAGAUCAUUUUGUUAAUGGCUAUGUCGUUUGACAGGUAUAUUGCAAUUUGUAAGCCCCUGCGCUAUGCUUCAAUUAUUAGUCCCCAGGUGUGUGUUACCCUCAUGGUAGCUUCCUGGGUCGUGGGAAUCAUGCAUUCCAUGAGUCAGGUCAUUCUUGCCCUUACAUUAUCAUUCUGUGGUCCCAAUAAGGUGGACAGCUUUUUCUGUGACCUCCCUGUCAUUUUCCAGCUGGCUUGUGUGGACACUUACAUUUUGGGUCUUUUUAUGAUCUCAACAAGUGGCAUAAUUGCUUUGUCCUGCUUUGUUGUUUUAUUUACUUCCUAUGUUAUUGUCCUGGUUACUAUCAAGCGACAUUCUUCCAGAGGGUCAUCUAAGGCUCUUUCUACCUGUACAGCUCACUUCAUUGUUGUCUUCUUGUUCUUUGGGCCAUGCAUCUGCAUCUACAUGUGGCCACAAAACAGCUUUCUGAUAGAGAAGGUCCUGUCUGUGUUUUAUACCAUCUUUACUCCCAUUCUGAACCCAGUGAUUUAUUCUUUGAGGAAUCAAGAAGUAAAGACAGCCAUGAAGACACUGAAGAACAGAUUUCUGAAUUCCAACAAGGCAACUCCUUCUCAUCAUUUUUAA